AUGGCUUCCGUUAUUCCCAAAACGAUGCGUGCCGCUGUGGUCCACCAACCGGGCCCUCCCAGCGUCCUCACCCUGAGCAACAUCCCAACCCCAACCCCAACUUCCUCGCAGCUCCUCCUGCACAUCAAAGCCUUCGGCCUCAACCGAUCUGAGCUCUUCACCCGACAAGGCCACUCGCCUGUGAGCGCCGUCCAAUUCCCGCGCGUUCUGGGCAUUGAGGCGGUGGGCCUCUGCGCCCGCGAUCCCAGCGGCACUUACUCGCCAGGCACGCCGCUCGCCGUCUGCAUGGGCAACAUGGGCCGUGGCUAUGACGGCGGCUAUGCCGAGUAUUGCUGCGUGCCGGUGGCGAACGUGCGUCCUCUCUACGCACAGGUGGCGCCCGGGCAGGAGCCGCCGGCGACAACACUCCCGUGGGAGGUGCUGGGCGCGAUGCCCGAGAUGUUACAGACUGCGUGGGGAAGCGUAGCAAAGGCGUUGAAGGUAGCUAAGGGGGAAAAAGUGUUGAUCCGUGGCGGGUCGACGAGCGUAGGACUCGCGGCGGCUGGAAUCUGUAAAGCCGCGGGCGCUCAUGUGCUGGCGACGACGAGGAAAGGGGAUGAGAAGACGAGGAAGCUGUUGGAAGGGUAUGGGGUUGAUGAGGUGGUGGUUGACAAUGGGAAGGUUAGUGAGCAGUUGGGCGAGGAAGGGAAAGUUGAUAAGUGCUUGGAACUGAUUGGCACGGUAACGUUGAGAGACAGCUUGAAGUGUGUCAGGAAAGGGGGUGUGUGUUGUAUGACAGGCAUCGUGGGCAACUCUUGGGCCAUGGAGAACUUCGAACCUAUGGGAGAUAUUCCACCAGGAACGUAUUUAACGGGCUACUCAGGUUCCACGUUGGAGUUUAUGGAAAUGCCUCUCCAGGAGAUGAUCAAGUUGGUUGAGGAUGGAAAGAUGAAGAUACCAAUUGGAAGGGUUUUCAAGCUGGAGCAGAUUGUAGAAGCUCACGAGCUCAUGGAGAAGAACCAGAUGCAGGGGAAAGGAGUGGUGCUGACGGACUGA